AUGUUAAACAGAUCUGAGGUGGCGCGAUUGAGACGCAAAGAGACAAGCGCUCAGACUGAUCGUACAUGGAAUUAUCUGUGCACAGCUGGAGGGGAAACACAAGCCACAGAUGACUUCACAUGCAAAGACCGUGUCACGUGUCAAGCUUUACUGGGUCAAGGUAUUUGCGAGUCUGACAUCACGUUUGACGGACUGGCUGGCCUCCAUCAGAGCAUCGUCUUCUGUACCAAGAACACCAACCAUGCCAAGUUUAUUCCAGUUAACAAAUUUACACCGGAACACCUGCCCAAAGAGUAUCGGGAUAAGGACGUCUACGACUGCGUUGAAAGGCUGAUUACCUUGGGUGUCAUUCUCAAGGUUGGGUACACGAGUGAAAACAGACCUCCAGGCUACCCAUUCAGCGAUGUGGCUGGGUCAGAUAUCAUGAAACACCAUAGGAUGGGUAGUGGUAGUGUUUUUAUACCUAAACAUAGACCAAAAGGCAGCUGCUGUCCUUGCCAACGUUGCAGAGACUCUCCUCAGCCAAGUCAGACCUGGCACUUCAUUUGGGUCAGUACUGCUCUUCAUGUAGUCUUUGAUGAUCUGGAGGCGUCUCAGACAGAGGUAGGAUGGCAGUUCAAUGACAUCACCUGCAGAGAAAGUAUCACCUGGAUGCAGGGAAUUCGUUUGGUGAACUUCGAUCUGAAAAGCGAUCGAUGUAUUUUAGAAUGUGUCACCCAUGACACUGAUAUCCAGGACUCUAUCCACAGGGCGAGGUCGUUCCUCAGAAAGAAAGAAAGAGAACUGAAUGAAAAGUACCUCCAGGGAACAUCGAAUGGCCAGCCAGGUUUAGCUGUGAUUAUAUCCCAUCCACACGGCUACCCGAAGCAGGUCAGUCUGGGCACUGAUAUCAGGAGAAACCACAUCAAAGACAAAUGCCCGGGUGUGGAGUGGACAGAGUACGUGUACGAUGCCCCCACCUGCAGGGGCAGCAGUGGCGCGCUAGUCUGGCUGCUGGGUCAGAUGCGGGUGGGUUACCGGGACGGGGAAAUAACAACCCACACGCACAGAGGCUCAUGUGGGGACACCACUAAUAUGAGUGGGUUUGGACUGGAUUGGGUCACACAACAUACAUCAAGCGAUGGUUCGGAAUCCACAUGUAACCUCGCCUCUCUACACGUCUCAUGA